GAUCAAAGCCCUUUCCUCGCUAUGGAUAUAAACCGUCACCGCCAAAUGGUUGUGGAUCCCCUCUAUUUGGAGUUCAGUUUGACAUCGGUAUCCCUUCGAUGACAAAGUGCUGCAAUCACCAUGACAGAUGCUACGAUACUUGUGGCAAUAUAAAAAACGAUUGUGAUGAGCAGUUUCAGUCCUGCCUAUCCAAAAUUUGCAGAGAUGUGCAGAAAACACUUGGCAUCUCGGAGAGUGUCCAGGCUUGUGAGUCAACUGUUCAGCUGCUGUUUGAUGCAGUUAUACAUUUAGGAUGUAAACCAUACCUGGAUAGCCAGAGAGCUGCGUGUAUGUGUCAUUACGAGGAUAAGACAGAUCUGUGA